GACCUUCGGUGCCUACAGCAUGGAUGUGAUCACAAGCACCUCUUUCGGUGUCAACAUGGAUUCCAUAAACAAUCCCAAAGACCCCUUUGUCCAACAGGUGCAGAAACUGCUGUCGGCUGACUUCUUCUCUCCAAUAUUCAUUUUAUUAUAUGUUGCCCCGUGGAUAAAACCUCUUCUUGAGAAGAUGAACAUCAGUGUGUUUUCCAACGAAUCCAUAGACUUCUUCGAGAGGUCCAUCACAAAACUGAAAGAGACGAGGGCCCAGGAGGGGGAGAAGAGAAGAGUGGAUUUCUUGCAACUGAUGAUAGAAUCUCAAGACUCGCUGACGAGCCACGAGAUGAAUGGCGUGAAUCACACCUAUAAAGGUAAUAAUUUGAAAUCAUCGUCAACAGUCACAUCUUUCAAACCAGAACCAGCAUUCAUUGCUAAGUCUGCUAGUGUGGGAAUUAAUAAAACAAUGCGGGCGAGACAGACAAGCAUCUCGGUGAAAGUGAGGGGGAAAGCAUUGAGACAGUUCAGGAAUAUUUUAAAGUUAGUGGGUUUGAGGGAAACUUCAUAAGAAUUCAGAGCGUCUUGGAUGAGGCCUACAAUUUCUCAAUCUCAUCUACUG